AUGCCAGCCCAGCGGCCACAGGCAGCCUUCGAGCCGAUCCACCCGAACAUCGAUGUGCCCGCGCUGGUCGAAUCGAUGCCGAACUUUGAAUGGGUUGUUAGAAUACCUUGCGACGCGGUCUAUGAGCAAGGAUUGGAGAACUUUGAGAAACUCGUUCGUUUGCAUGUGAUAAUCGCGGGGAGGCCUCUGGUCGUGGAGGGCUACGAUAGUAGAUUUGAAAAGUGGAUUUUUGCAGAACAAUGGCUGAGGGACAAUCUUGCUUCGAAAGCGGAGAAUGCGAGAAACCUCACUGCAAAGACCAACAUACCUCUUUCAAUUGGACAUUAUCUCAACAAUAUGCCUAUGUUAACCGACAAAAUAACACCUCAAAACUUUACUGAACCGACGUGCCAGCGGAUUUAUCUCAAGGACAUCAAUUGCCCCGACGUUUGGCAUGAAAAGCUGAAGGACAUAAUACCACCCUUUCUGUUCUACAUGAAUGAAUCAACACUGGACCCAAAAGCCGUGUCUCAGGACUUUGCAAAAGCUGGCGACCUUAUGAGCAGUCUUCCGGGCCCAAUGCGAGCUGAAAAUCUCAUGUGCUAUAUCGGCCAUGAAGGAACAUAUACUCCUUGCCAUCAAGAAAUGUGCGCGACUCUUGGCCAUAACAUAAUGGUGGAAACCUCAACUGGGGCGUUUGAGCAUGGUAAACGGACAAAGCCUGGGUCUUCGAUCUGGUUCAUGACUGAGACCAAGGACCAUCAUCUAGUAUCCGAAUACUGGUCCUCCAUCCUCGGUCAUGACAUCGACCUCGAGGAUCAUUUUGCGCAAAUUAGUGCUUGGAAGGCAGCCCCAUUUACGACCUACGUUAUCGAGCAAAGAGUGGGCGACUUCAUACUUAUACCCCCUUUGGCUCCGCACCAGGUCUGGAAUCGGGGCACUCGGACGAUGAAGGUUGCGUGGAAUCGUACGACUGUGGAAACAUUGGAGUUGGCGUUAGAAGAGGCGCUUCCACGAGCCAGGACUGUUUGUCGAGAUGAGCAAUAUAAAAACAAAGCAAUCAUCUACUUCACAUUGGACAAGUAUUCAGGACUUCUCGCUGCCGCUGAGAGGCUCAACAACAAGACGUCUAAAGUCCGCCAGCUGCAAAAGGACUUUAGAAAACUCUUCGCAAUGUUUACAGCCAUCAUGCUCUCUGAAAGCUUUUCGAAUGAGUUUCGUGAAGAGAAACAGGCGGAAUUUCUGCCCUAUGAUAGCAACGUCACUUGUUCUUAUUGUCGAUGCAACAUUUUCAAUCGGUUUUUGACAUGCCCACAUUGUGUGGGGAAGUUUGCGAAUGGUGAAGAUGAUUGUUACGAUGUGUGUAUGGAAUGUUAUGCAAUGGGUAGGAGCUGUGGCUGUAUCUCUAAACUCCAAUGGGUCGAGCAAUUUCCAUGGCAGGAACUGGUUCAGAAGCACGAAUCAUGGGGGAAACAAAUCUGCAGGUUGCAAAACCUAGAAGAGGAUAAAUACGCAUCUCUUACUACCGAACGUACGCAUCUGGGUCACAGAACAUUGGCUGAAGUUUGUCAAUUAGAGUUGAAGAGAAGACCCUGGGUCGACAUUACGAAACAUACAUUCGAUGAAAGAGAAGGAUUCGAUACUCAAGAUGAUGAGGAUGACCAAGGCAGCGGCGACGAACAGCGCGUGAAGAAGAGGAAGGUCCACCUUCGGGACAAGUUAUCCAAAGAACAAGCAAGGUGUCACAUAUGCAAAGCUCUUGAGCCUACUUGGAAGCUUGCAUCCUGUUGGAUUUGCUCGGUGCACUACUGUUAUGGUAGUCUCUUCAGGGCAUUCGAGAUUAAACCUCUUGAACCAAUGCAAAUAUAUCACUGGGAAUGCCCAAGGUGUCGAAAGAUAUGUAGUUGCGGUUCAUGUCGCCGAAAGUUCACUACACAACCAUACGAACCGAAGGGUCUGGCACUGGGCCAUGAUACGAAGAAAAUCGCUGAUCCACGAAGUGUCGAAGCUCUUGUCAAUUUCAGUCACUCAAAUAUAGGCUGGUUGAAGAAAGUUGGGGACGGUACUGCUGACUCAACCCGGCGGUUACAGAAACACCAAGCAGAAGCAGAGAAAGCGAAGAUGCAAGAACCUUUCGCAGUCCGAGACGAUGAUGGCUUAUUUGUUCAACAGCCUGUGCAGAAUCGCUACCUGACUACAGAACCCACAUUUCACGAUGGUAUUCCGAUUGACCCAGCCCUCGGUGGACCGCCCGCUGCACCGUCCCAUAGUUUUGAUAUCUAUGGCCCUUCAGUCCACCUACCCGGGCUUGCUGCAAGAGUACAUCAACUGACUCAAUCAAGUGCCGUGCAUGGCUUGCUGAGGAGUGAGGAAGAAAUGUUCCGAGAUGCUACUGCAAUUCGAUUUGAGAUCCUUUCUAGAAAUGGACUAUCUGCAAUAGAUAUCACUCAGAAUACUACCACCGAUGGCUACGCAUCAUAUGGUACAGACCCAGGUCUAUUACAAACGACUAACGGCGGUGAGAACGAAGCUCUUCCACGUGCAGUAAAUCAUAUACCAGUGGUCCAAAGCAAAUCUCGCCCUCAGAAAAAGAAAGGCAAACUCAUCGCCUGCUUAAGACUUGGCCAACAUCACAUGCAAGCAAUAGCACAAAAAUACAGGGAUCUGCCUAACCUCAACACUACCACAAUCAUCACAUCCGAUAUUCUUCCAUUUCAUAAUGAACCCUUGCCGACUCCUGAAAACCCGAAGAAGAAAAGGCGUCGCGGCGAGAAAGACGACGACUUUAAGGUAUGGCGUAGAGGAAGGAAUCUACCGCGCGUUUCGGAAACAGAUCAUCAUCCUAAGGAUGGUGAUGUGAGAAGCGACGGAGAACCGCAAGGAUUGCAAACCAUUGCGAGGAUUCAGAUCUAG